AUGCAGACUUCGAGAUUCCUGUUUCGUGCUUCGGCACUGGCCAUCAAGCCAGCCACCUUGCCAUUCUCUCGCACCUUCGCAUCUUCCUCCGUUGUCACACAGCGUGUUUCGGAACUUAUCAAGCACGAUCACGAUGAACUGAGAACCUACAAGGACAACAUUCUCAACGCUAAGGACGACGAUGAGAGAGUUCGCUGGCAGAACCAGUUCACCUGGGAGCUUGCCCGCCACAGUAUUGCUGAGGAGUUGGUCGUCUACCCUGCCAUGGAGAAGAACUGCUCCUCAGNNGUCAAAGAACUCCUCAACGAAUUCCAGCAACUGAAGCCCGAUGUGAAGGACUUCGAGCCCACUCUCAAAGCUCUCUGGAGCGAGCUAGACAAGCACAUCAAGGAGGAAGAGGCCGACGACUUGCCUCUGCUCGAGAAGCACACACCUGCCGAUGAGUCUGCCACGUUGGCUACCAGCUUCAACAGAACCAAAAUGUUCAUUCCUACCAGAAGCCACCCUGCUGCUCCCGACAAUGGUGGUCUGUUCGAGACUGCUGCUGGACUGAUGGCUGCUCCAAUCGACAGACUUGGUGACUUGUUCCGCAAGUUCCCCAAGNUAAAGAUGGUCCCGGACAUCUUGACGGAUGAGAUGAUCUUAAUGCAAGUGAUUGUCUCAACAGAAAGGACUAUC